UCUUUAUUGUCACAUGAUGUAUGGUCUACUGGAGGAAAGGAAAGAGAAUAUACUGACCCUCUCUGACAUCACAUUACCAUUUAAACACAGUGGUAAUUAUAUUGUACCAGAUGACAGAGAUGAAAUUGCCGAGCUUCUUGAUUCAUUGCACUCAACUGGUUUGAUCAGUGUUCUUAAAAGUGAAGACAAGGUAUGGGUUGUUGUGAAUAAGGGCGUACUACUCACUAAGGUGGAUGGGAUUCUCUUUGCUCCAAAGACAUUCAAAGAAUACGUUGACGUUGCUAGCAAUACUGGUAUUGUUAGUGUAUCUGGUCUGACUAGACUCUUCCCAAAUUAUGAUCCUGACAUGUUGAUCUGUUUCCUGAAAAACAUGCAACUCUGUCAAGAAUUGGAUCCAUCUUUCCUGAAAAUGACAAACUUAACAGCAGAAGAUAGAGAUGAGACAGGAGACAGUGCCUCAGAGACUCAAAGAAGAGAAGAAAGGUUAUUGUUUUUUCCAUGUCUUCUGUCUACUGAUAGACCUAAGGAGAUGACUAGUCAAGUAUACCAGUUUGGUUGGUGUCUACAUUGUACUAGAGAAAAUGAUUUCUUUCUUCCUCGAUACUUUCAUGUUCUGUCUUUACGUCUUGCUUUUAAGUUUUCAUUUUCAAAAGGGAAGGAAUUAGCUGAAAAAUUGAAUCGUGAAUGCAAAUUUUGGAGUAAUGGUAUUCACUGGUUUGACGGCUAUGGUGUAAAAGUAUUGGUAGAGAUUGUGGAUGAGAGCCAGUGUGUACUAGUAAUGAUGUCCUGUGAGAAAGGUGACAGUAAAAAUAUGGUGUCUUUAAGGAAAAAUGUAAUACGAGAAGUAAUGAAUGUUUAUAAGGAAUCCUGUCCCAGUUUAAAAGUUGAAGAGUUGAUUAUUGAUCCUGAAGAACUAGCCUAUCCUGUGAACAGACUAAGAAAAAAAACCGUUUAUGGUGUUUUUAAUUUACUUUCAGCAAUUAUUAGUAAAAAACGACGAUACCUCGUAUGCGAUAAAAGGCAAAAGAAAUUGAAGGAGAUCUUACCUGAUGAGUCGUUAAUACUUGCAGAUAUUAGUGAAUUGUCAUUAUUAGGAGGACGUGAUAUUAAAGAAGUGUUAGGAGACUCUUAUAUCAACCAAGAUCAUAAUCAACAAGAGCAAACUGAAACAAAUCAAAAGGAUGAAUCAGCUACCAAUCACUCUUCCACACAGACCACACAGACCAGUGAGUCCAAUGAUGAUCAACAGAAAGAGCCAACAACUCCAAAGGACAAAAAUUACCCACUGACUCAGAUCACCAGUGAGUCCAAUGAUGAUGAACAUAAAGAACCAACAACUCCAAAGGACAAAAAUCAAACCAGUGAGUCCAAUGAUGAUGAACAAAAAGAGCCAACAAUUCAAGAGGUCAAACCAACUACAAUUGAUUCCCCCACACAGAUCAGUGAGUCCAAUGAUGAUCAACAAAAAGUUAUAUUGACAAUCGACGAUCUAGUAGAGAUAUUACGAGUGUUAAAAAGUGGUCACUUUCAAACUACAAACUGGUCAGAUCUUGGUCUCUACUUGGGUCUAACUCAUGAUGAACUGGAUGUUAUUGAGGCUGACUAUCCACAAAACGCUAAGCGAUGUCUCAGAGAAUGUUUAGCAAAAUGGCUUAAAACAGAUUUUAAAGCAACAUGGGACAAUCUAGUUCAUGCUCUUAUUGAAGCAGGAGAGGCAUCAGCUGCUGCUUAUAUAACCUCAGGUGCUGCUGGUGUUAAGACCAAUAGUCAGUUCCCUAUAGUACCUGAUCAUUCUGAUGAUAAAACCACCAAUGAGAGUGGGAACUACACUGAUAUGAAUUAUCCUGAAUCAGAGAUGCCACAGAAAAUUGAAGAGCCAGGAAUUCAAGAGGUUAAACCAACUACAAUUGAUUCCCCCACACAGAUCAGUGAGUCCAAUGAUGAUCAACAGAAAGAGCCAACAACUCCAAAGGACAAAACUGACCUACCAACUCAGACCACCAGUGAGUCCAAUGAUGAUGAACAUAAAGAGCCAGGAAUUCAAGAUGUCAAGCAAACUACAAAUGAUUCCCCCACACAGACCAGUGAGUCCAAUGAUGAUCAACAGAAAGAGCCAACAAGUCCAAAGGACAAAAAUUACCCACUGACUCAGACCACCAGUGAGUCCAAUGAUGAUGAACAGAAAGCCUCAGGUGCUGCUGGUAUUGAGACCAAUAGUCAGUUUCCUAUAGUGCCUGAUCAUUCUGAUGACGAAACCACCAAUGAGAGUGGGAACAACACUGAUAUGAAUUAUCCUGAAUCAGAGAAGCCACAGAAAAUUGAAGAGCCAGGAAUUCAAGAGGUCAAACCAACUACAAAUGAUUCCCCCUCACAGAUCAGUGAGUCCAAUGAUGAUCAACAGAAAGAGCCAACAAUUCCAGAAGACAAAAAUCACUCAGCCACUGAGAUCAGUGAGUCCAAUGAUGAUCAACAGAAAGAGCCAACAACCCCAGAAGACUCGUCCACACAGAUCAGUGAGUUCAAUGAUGAUCAACAAAAAGAGCCAACAACUCCAAGGGACAAAACUUACCCACCAACUCAGACCACCAGUGAGUCCAAUGAUGAUGAACAUAAAGAGCCAACAACUCCAAAGGACAAAAAUCAAACCAGUGAGUCCAAUGAUGAUGAACAAAAAGAGCCAGGAAUUCAAGAGGUCAAACCAACUACAAACGAUUCCCCCACACAGAUCAGUGAGUCCAAUGAUGAUCAACAAAAAGAACCAAUAACUGCAAUGGACAAAAAUCAAACCAGUGAGUCCGAUGAUGAUGAACAAAGAGAGCCAGGAAUUCAAGAGGUCAAACCAACUACAAUUGAUUCCCCCACACAGAUCAGUGAGUCCAAUGAUGAUCAACAGAAAGAGCCAACAACUCCAAAGGACAAAAAUUACUCACCAACUGAAACCAGUGAGUCCAAUGAUGAUCAACAGAAAGCCUCAGAUGCUGCUGGUAUUGAGACCAAUAGUCAGUUUCCUAUAGUGCCUGAUCAUUCUGAUGAUAAAACCACCAAUGAGAGUGGGAACAACACUGAUACGAAUUAUCCUAAAUCAGAAAUGCCACAGAAAAUUGAAGAGCCAGGAAUUCAAGAGGUCAAACCAACUACAAAUGAUUCCCCCACACAGAUCAGUGAGUCCAAUGAUAAUCAACAGAAAGGGCCAACAAAUCCAGAGGACAAAAAUUACCCUCCAACUCAGACCACCAGUGAGUCCAAUGAUGAUGAACAAAAAGAGCCAGGAAUUCAAGAGGUCAAACCAACUACAAAUGAUUCCCCCACACAGAUCAAUGAGUCCAAUGAUGAUCAACAGAAAGAGCCAACAACUCCAGAAGACACAUCCACACAAACCACCAGUGAGUCCAAUGAUGAUCAACAUGAAGAGCCAGCAAUUCCAAAGGACAAAACUUACCCACUGACUCAAACCAGUGAGUCCAAUGAUGAUGAACAAAAAGAGCCAGGAAUUCAAGAAGUAAAACCAACUACAAAUGAUUCCCCCACACAGACCAGUGAGUCCAAUGAUGAUCAUAAAAAAGAGCCAACAACUCCAAAGGACAAAAAUUACCCGCCAACUCAGACCACCAGUGAGUCCAAUGAUGAUCAACAUAAAGAGUCAGGAAUUCAAGAGGUGAAACCAACUACAAAUGAUUCCCCCACACAGAUCAGUGAGUCCAAUGAUGAUCAACAGAAAGAGCCAACAACUCCAAAGGACAAAAAUUACUCACCGACUGAAACCAGUGAGUCCAAUGAUGAUCAACAGAAAGCCUCAGGUGCUGCUGGUGUUAAGACUGAUAGUCAGUUCCCUAUAGUGCCUGAUCAUUCUGACGAUAAAACCACCAAUGAGAGUGGGAACAACACUGAUAUGAAUUAUCCUGAAUCAGAAAUGCCACAGAAAAUUGAAGAGCCAGGAAUUCAAGAGGUCAAACCAACUACAAAUGAUUCCCCCACACAGAUCAGUGAGUCCAAUGAUGAUCAACAGAAAGAGCCAACAAAUCCAGAGGACAAAAAUUACCCACCAACUCAGACCACCAGCGAGUCCAAUGAUGAUGAACAAAAAGAGCCAGGAAUUCAAGAGGUCAAACCAACUACAAAUGAUUCCCCCACACAGAUCAGCGAGUCCAAUGAUGAUCAACAGAAAGAGCCAACAACUCAAAAAGACUCCUCCACACAAACCAGUGAGUCCAAUGAUGAUGAACAAAAAGAACCAAUAACUGCACAGGACAAAAAUCAAACCAGUGAGUCCAAUGAUGAUGAACAAAGAGAGCCAGGAAUUCAGGAGGUCAAACCAAUUACAAAUGAUUCCCCCACACAGAUCAGUGAGUCCAAUGAUGAUCAACAGAAAGAGCCAACAACUCCAGAAGACACAUCCACACAAACCACCAGUGAGUCCAAUGAUGAUCAGCAGAAAGAGCCAACAACUCCAAAGAACAAAACUUACCCACUGACUCAAACCAGUGAGUCCAAUGAUGAUGAACAAAAAGAGCCAGGAAUUCAAGAGGUCAAACCAACUACAAAUGAUUCUCCCACACAGAUCAGUGAGUCCAAUGAUGAUCAACAGAAAGAACCAACAGCUCCAAAGGACAAAAAUUACCCACCAACUCAGACCACCAGUGAGACCAAUGAUGAUGAACAUAAAGAACCAGGAAUUCAAAAAGUCAAACCAACUACAAAUGAUUCCUCCACACAGAUCAGUGAGUCCAAUGAUGAUCAACAAAAAGAGCCAACAACUCCAAAGGACAAAAAUUACUUACCAACUCAGACCACCAGUGAGUCCAAUGAUCAGCAAAAAGAGCCAGGAAUUCAAGAGAUGAAACCAACUACAAAUGAUUCCCCCACACAGAUCAGUGAGUCCAAUGAUGAUCAACAGAAAGAGCCAACAACUCCAGAAGACUCGUCCACACAGACCAGUGAGUUCAAGGAUGAUCAACAAAAAGAGCCAAUAACUCCAAAGGACAAAAAUUACCCACCAACUCAGGCCACCAGUGAGUCCGAUGAUGAUGAACAUAAAGAGCCAGGAAUUCAAAAGGUCAAAGUCAAACCAGCUACAAAUGAUUCCCCCACACAGAUCAGUGAGUCCAAUGAUGAUCAACAGAAAGAGCCAACAAUUCCAGAAGACAAAAAUCACUCAGCCACAGAGAUCAGUGAGUCCAAUGAUGAUGAACAAAAAGAGCCAACAACUCCAAAGGACAAAAAUUACCCACCAACUCAGACCACCAGUGAGUCCAAUGAUGAUCAACAUAAAGAGCCAACAAUUCAAGAGGUCAAAUCAGCUUCAAUUGAUUCCCCCACACAGAUCAGUGAGUCCAAUGAUGAUCAACAGAAAGCCUCAGGUGCUGCUGGUAUUAAGACCAAUAGUCAGUUCCCUAUAGUGCCUGAUCAUUCUGAUGAUAAAACCAAUGAGAGUGGGAACAACACCGAUACAAAUCAUCCUGAAUCAGAGAGACCACAGAAAAUUAAAGGUGCAACCAAAAGUACAACUGUGGAACUAACAUCACAAAAAAUAGAUAAAAAAAUUGCAUCUCAUGUUUUAGCUGAGAACAUUUCAUCGAUAAUAAAAUGUUGUAAGGAAUUUGAGUUGACUGAAUUAGCAGAGAAGUUUAUGGAAAUGCAUAUUAUCACAAGAGAGGAAAUGGAAGAUUUAGUAAAAAAUAUUAAGAAGAAUAGCCGCCGAAUGAACAUUUAUCAAAUGAAACAGCUGCUCAAACAAUUAGAAAGAGCUGUUUCUUUUAGGGGAGAAAUAUUUUCAUGGUUCUUAAAAAUUCUGGAAGACUAUGAUACUGAGGCUUCACAAGAAGUGGCUAGGAAAUUAGAAGCAGAUUACGAAAAAAUGUGCCCCUCAAAACCAUAAAAUCUUUCUUUGAGCAAUAUCUUCACACUUCGUAAUGCCCAAGUACAAUUUCACACCUCCAUUUUUUCUACUUUGUCUCCUGGCACCAAACUCUCUCUCCUCUGUACUUCGUAACUUAACAUGCAUGCACGAUUUUGACCUUUUUAAACAAAUUUUGUUCUUUUAUGUAUGCUUUGAUUGUUUUCCUUAAUCGUGCACAUACUGUA